CGCGCUUUAGGAAAUCACAUUUCUGGAUUUGGUCUUGACCUGAGCGACUUCCUCAAAGUUGGGCGAUAGUCCCGCCUGCUGUGCUUUCCUGUUGCGACUCUGACUUGGAGGUUGGUCCAGGGUGCAUCGCAGCCGAGGAAAUGCUGUCCUUCUGGGAUGUGGCCAUUGAGUUCUCUCCAGAAGAGAGGGAGUGUCUAGAGCCUGCUCAGUGGAAUCUGUACAGGGAUGUGAUGUUGGAGAAUUACAGCAACCUUCUGUUCCUGGGUCUUGCUGUGCCUAAGCCACACCUGGUGACGUUUCUGGAGCAAAGACCAGACCCUUCAGAUGGGAAGAGACAAGCAGCAGCCACCGUGCACCCAGGAACAACACCCGAAGAUUGUAGCAUUUUUCUCCAGGCCGUUGAUUAUAAAUCACUACAUAUUCAAUGCCAGAAAAAUUCACACAAGGAACAACACCUACAAGUGGAGAAUGUAACAAAACCUUCAGCGCAAGUCAUCCCUUAGGAAACAAGGACACU